UCUGGUCUAUUUUCCCAACCCUACUCUACAGCAUCCUCUUCCCCCACGUCACAUCAUCAUUAAGUUUGGAUUUUCAAACCCAAUCAAGAACCGCAUUGACCGUGACGAGGCAAGAAGGCACCGCACGGGUUCUAGCUUCUCGUAUAGAUAGUGAUGCAACCCAACCAGUGGAAGUGAAACUCACCCAACUACAGACUACAGAGCAGGGUUCAUCUACCCAGCCAUGGCGCUCAAACUUACGGGACAAGCAAUCAAUCUCACAGGUCUCCGUUAUCAACCGGACCUACUUCCUCCCUCGUCGUCUCGCUUCUCAAAGCCGCCAUUAACUCGCCCGAUCAAAGCAAUCCAGAGCGGAGGGGAUGAAGUAGCAGCGGCCGGAGCAGCUUCCGCUGUUGCUACUCCGACUAGGGCUCCCUCGCUGAGACGCCCGCACAACGUCGACGGAGAGUUCUUCGUCGACACCAGAUGCAUAGACUGCGAUACAUGCCGAUGGAUGGCUCCACAAAUUUUCACACGAGUUGAAGGGAUGUCUGCUGUUUCUAAACAACCGACUUCUAGUGAGGAGAGGUUGAAUGCUCUUCAGGCCUUACUCGCUUGUCCAACGAGUUCAAUCCACACAGAGAAACCCACUCGUGAUGUUCUGGAAGCUCAGAAAACAUUCCCACUUCCGAUAGAUGACAAGAAAAUCCCAGGCAUCUAUCACUGUGGUUAUCAUUCUGAGAAAUCAUAUGGAGCUGCUUCCUACCUGAUCAUUCGCCCUGAUGGAAAUAUAAUUGUGGACAGUCCUAGAUUCACUGAGAAGCUGGCUCGUAACAUAGAAGCUCUGGGCGGUGCAAAUUACAUGUUUCUCACUCAUAUGGAUGAUGUUGCAGAUCAUGAGAAGUGGUCAAAGAGAUUAAACUGUCAAAGAAUUCUGCACUCAGGAGAUGUACCCGUUCAUUUUCAUUCUGUAAGAGUUGAUACUGCUGAUGUGGAAAUCAAGCUGGAGGGAAAUGGGCCAUGGAGCCUUGGAGAGGAUGUCGAGCUUAUACAUGUCCCAGGACAUACAGAAGACUUGGUAGUUUCACCUCCUCUUAUCUCUGCUCCUUAUCCCGUGGAUAUGCGAGGAAUACUUUACUACUAUCUCACCUUAAAGCUGAUGAACGUCACUCCUGUGCAUAACAAACAGGGAUCUGUCUGCUUAUUCUGCAAGCCGCAUAAGAUCUUAUUUGCUGGGGAUCAUCUUGGCAUGACCGAAUUUGGGUUGAGCAUUUUUGAGACAUACAACCGCAUUUCAGUUCCUAUGCAGCUAGACAGUGUCAAAAAAUUAUUGAAAUUGAACUUCCAGUGGAUAUUACCAGGUCAUGGGAGGAGAGCUGAAUACAAGGACAGCCAGGAGAAAGAUUCAGCUUUGGAGAACUUUCUGCAGCAGAAGUGCAGUCAAUAUACAACAUAAAGAGCAGCAGCGAUAUACCAACUCAAGAUCUCAGUUUUCAGGUCCUCUUUUACUUGUAUCAGUGUGAACAAACCACCAGCUUGUGUACAAAGAACACCUACCUCCAAACCGAAAUCAAAACGAGGUAGAUUGUAGUGUAGUAAAAAAGGUACUGUUGUGUGUUUUAAAUCAUGCUCUACAUAUGAAUUUCCUCUCUGUACAAACUUUAUUUCUAUCAUUAGAAUAAAGCCUAGUUAUCAUUUCAUUUCCGACUAUAACCAUUGAGCGUAGAGUAUGUAGUCGUCAUGAAUUCCAUGGGUAUCUAUGAGCUUCCCAGAAAGUUCAAUGACAAUAAUCUAUGAUCACUACCAGCAUUGCACCAACUGGUAACAAAGGGAAAGUACAAUUAUUACAAGUUUAAGAGUACUGAAACAUGUAGUGGUCUUAUGACCAGUAUUCUCAAUCGCAUUCGCCUUUGCCUUCUGGGAACUGCAAGUACCAUUGUAUGAGAAGCAGAGGUCAGGAUUUCCAGCAUAUGAACUUUCAUCGAACAUCAGUAACUGGCCGGAGUUUGGCACUCUCCCUGAAAGCUUAUUACCAGAGAGGUUAAGGCUUGUCAGGCUUGACAUGUACUGCAUCUCACUGGGCACUCCACCAGUGAGUUGGUUUUCUGAGAGAUCAAGAUGGUUCAAAUCCUUUAGUUGAUCCAUCCCUCUUGGAAUCUCUCCACUAAGAUUGUUCCGGCUGAAAUCGAGUGAUAUCAGAGAGGUACAGUUCGAUAUCUCCGGUGGAAUUCCGCCGUCGAUGUUGUUGCCACUGAUGUUGAUUUUGGACAGAGACCUGAGGUUGAAAAUCUCCUCAGGGAGCUGAUUGUUGAAUCUGUUCCUGUCGAGUGACAAAAUUUGUAAAUUUUGCAGGUUUCCGGUGGCAGCAGGGAUUCUUCCAGUAAUACUGUUGCCGGAAAGUGCUAACAUCCCGAGUUUCUUCCCGGACAUCUCCUUGGGAAGCUCGCCGGAGAAUUCAUUUUGGGUCAUAUCCACAAGCGUUAGUUCCGGCAGGUUGAAAAUGCCGGCAGGAAUUGUCCCGUUCAGGAAAUUGCUCUGGAUUCUGAUUCUCCUCAAAGACUCACAUCCACCGAGUUGCUCAGGAAUCGGUCCGGAAAAUAGAUUGUUCAUCAGAACCAAGCUCUUCAACUUCAUCCCUUGGCACAAAUUCUCAGGCACAGUUCCAGUGAGCCGAUUGAAAGAGACAUCCACCACUUCCAGCUUCCCAUUCCGGCCAAGAUUUUCAGGAAGCUCAGAGGUGAAGUUGUUCUGCCAUAUCUGAAAAAGCCGGAGAUUCGGCAUGUCGCCCAUGGAUUUCGGUAUCCGACCACCCAAGCUGUUGACAAAUAGAUUCAGUAGUGUCAUAUUCUUCAGCUGGGAAAAGCUCUCAGGUAUGCCGCCGGUGAGAUUGUUUAGACUCAGAUCAAGCAUGCUCAAGUCACUCAGCAUGGAGAACUCGGUGGGAAUAUUACCAGUGAGAUGGUUCAUCUGGAGAAAGCAACCACACAGGUUACUCAAUCGCCCUAAACUCGCCGGAAGCUCGCCGGUGAGGUUACAGGAGGCCAUGUCAAGAACCUGAAGCUCAGUCAAAAGCCCAAACUCCGGCGGAAUUCCUCCUGAGAAAGUGUUGAAGUAACCCAGAUACAGCUCCCUAAGCUUCUCCAAACGGGCCAAACUUGCUGGAACUUGGCCAGAGAGACUGUUACCACUUAAGGCCAAGUACUCCAACUUUGGGAACUCAGAGUAGGAUUCCGGUAUCUCCCCUGAGAAGUAGUUACCUCCAAGAUGAAGAUGCUUGAGAUUGACCAAGUUUAUAGCUAUCCCAUCUGGGAGUUGACCUGUUAAGUUAUUGUUGUAUACGUCCAGAACUUCCAGCUGGGUCAUACUUCUAACGAUCUCUCCAGGGAAUUCGCCAGAGAAGCCGUUGUUAGAGAGGUUGAGAAGCUUGAGAGAUGUGAGGUUGGCCAUGUCCAGAGGGACCGUUCCCGUUAGACCAUUGCCAGCAACUGCCAGGUUGACGAGACUACUGAGGAUGCCUAUCUCAGGAGGUAGUGACCCAGUCAGAUUUUGAUACGAAACGUCGAGAGAUACCACUUCGCCAUCUUCGUCGCAGGUGACACCAGAUAAGGAGCAGUGAGAUGAAGAAGAAUCCUUCCAGUCACUUAAUCCAUUGCUUCCUCCUCCUGCUGUCCCAAUCAUGGAGGAUUUCAACUGUAGCAGCACGGUGAGUUCGCUAUCUCCGGAGCAGGAAGUAAUACCCGACAGCAGGAGGAGGAGAAGCAGAAGCCUACAACACAUGAUGAUAUCUGCUGGUAUGACUGAAACUCUUUCAACUUUCAUGCUUAAUCUGAUUUUUUCAUGGGGGAAACAAACUAUAGCUAUGACGAGGUGCUUAAAUUGAAGACUGUAUAGAGAGAUAGAGAGUAGGUGACUCAUAUUCUAUAUUCAUGAAUUGCUGUCGUUGUUAUCAAAGAACCUGGUUCGGAUUCCUGUUGAUAGUGGUGAGAAAGCUGGAGUCAUGAAGGGUGGGAAAUGAAAGCGACCUGGAGAGAAUUGCAUAUAUAAUAGUUUGAUUAUUGUAUAUGGCGUAUUUAGCUUUAACCUUUUGUUCUUGGUUUCUUCCUUUAUCACUUUGAUAAAGGAUUAAACUUUAGAGGCAGUUGAUCAAAAGGGGGCAGGGAGACGGCAGUGCUCAAUCUUCAAUCCAAUAACGACAUCAGAAGAUGCUGGAGACGCCAUUGACCCUUUGAAAAGCAAAGAUCAUGAGUCAUGGAAGCUCAGUCCUCCUCCAAGAACCAGCGAAAAGCCCCCAACCACGAACGACCAGGAGACCCUCCAACGUCAAGUCAGAUACUAGUACAAAGAACUAGUCGAGGACGUGCUAUGAAUGUUUGGAGUUUCCCCACACGUCUUCUAAGGGCUUCUCUUAUUUGGCCUUGUCCCUUGAGACUAGCGUUUUAUACACAUACACUCUAGUGGCCAAGGGUUUUAUGAAGUUAUGGAGGGACUCCUUGCCUCAUCGGAAGGUUUUUUUUGCAUUUUCUGUCGUCAAUGAUGGCAAUUGCCAAAUAGGACUGAGGAGAUCUACUCCACCUUAAGACCGAGCAAUCUACACAUAA